CGGUUAUCCGUUAAAGGUUAUCCAUGACCUCAUUGUGACAAAGGUUAAAAAUAGACUGGGGUAUACUGACGUAUGCAUGGUAUAAGAAGGUAAAUAUACAACAGGUGUCAUUAUAUUUAUUGACAGACAGAAUGAACAAGGAUAUUAUGUUCGACACAGAACAGAAAGAUUUUGAUUUGGAGAAAGUUUUAGAAUUAUUGAAGAAAUGCAAACUAGAUGAUGACACUAUUUUAUUGGAAUAUUACAUUAAAGCUUACAGAGAAUUAUGCAGAUUUUUCCGGCUGCAAGGAAGAUUAUUUGGCUUUGUGGCAAAAGAUUUAGAAGAAAAGAUUGGCAUUCUCGAAACAUGGCGUCGUUGUGAUACUUGUGACAAUUAUAAAUCCGUUCAGUCUAUGAUCAAAUACGAAGUCGAGUAUGGACUAACGACCUUCAGAGGUCGUGUGCCGUCAGGUUCAAGGACAUUACUUAGAUUACAAAGAGCAUUGGAAUUUAUAUUAAGAUUUAUAGACGAAAUGAGUAUGAGUGAGGACGAAGAUAAAAGUUCAUAUAUUGCGCACACAGUUUACAAAAGAACACUAGCCAAUCAUCAUCCGUGGAUCGUUAAAAAAAUGGCGGGAUUUGUCACGUUCAUGUUGCCAAGCAGAAAAGAACUCAUAGAAACCAUGUGUAAACAAAAAUAUGACCAAGUACUUAUAUUAAUGCACGAAGUGACUCAGGAAGGAAACCCAAUAUAUGACAUAACACACAGUCUAUAUAAAAAACACAAUUUAUUAAACCUGAAAUAAAUAUGAAUAUGUUUAACUUGUAUACGUUUGAUUUACUGAAAUAAAAGAACAUAAAGUAAAAUGAUUGCCAAUGUGACACCUAUACUUUAGAUAUCAGAUGAUGAUAUUAGAGUUAACGCCCUCAUUACAUCUCUGUAAAAAUAUUUUAAUCUUAUAAGACAAUAUUAUGUGAAAUUAUAUAUAAACUUUUAAAUGUCUACCUUGAGAAUGCUCAUAAGAACUAUAUGUACAAUGCUAAACAUAUAAGUAAACUUAUUUGCAACCACUUCACACAGUAUAAACACUAUAUCAAGAUCUGAUUAGGUCGUGACUUACAACGAACGCAUUUAUGUCAGUACGUAAAUAUAUUAUACUUAGUACAAAACAAGCAAAAAAAUCACGUAACUUAGAAAUAAUACAAAUAUGAUAUUCUAAACUCAUAAAACUUGAGCGUACAUUUCAGAAGCACAUGAGAUCAUACCCGGUUUAGGUUUGUUGAUCCUCGAGAUUUGCAGUGCCGUAUGUUUUAGUCUCUGUCUUUUCUUCGUUUUCCUUUCUCAUUUCUAUUUCAAUUAACAGUGAGCGCUUUUGGUUUUUCUUCCACUAAGGAUUUGGCAAUGUAAUUAAAAUAUAGUUUUUUUUUUGUGAUUCUGUUACUCAUGCACAUUGUACAUGUUCGAGUGAGCGAGGGUUUGAGAUCCUGUUUUAUUAUUGACAUUUGGUAUUUUCUGUCUUUAAGAGACACGUGGAUUCCUUUUAUUUUAAUUAAGCUAAAUUGUUCUCUUUAAGGUUAAAAAAGCAGGAAGACCGAGACGUGCUAAUGAUGUCUCCCGUCAUGGAAACAUCUGUCAGUCAUAGUUGUUAAUGCUAUCCAUUAAUGUUGUCAUCGUUUUUUAAACUCUUAUCUCCGUGUGAGAACACAAAACUGAGAAAACAAUUAAAAUUUAAAACUAUUAUAAAAGGAUGGCUACUAUGCGAUAUGGGUGUUGAUCAUUUUUGAAGUCAGUAUGUUGACCUAUGGGUUUCUUCAUUUGGUCUCUAGUGGAUAGUUCUCUAAUUAACAAUCAUAAUUCAUUCGUCUAAACUCGGCCGAUUCCGUAACGGAUUCUACCGAGGAUUGCCGAAUGAAUCAUAAUUAUCACCUCCUCUUAUUACUUCUGAACUAACGAAGUACUACAGGACGUAUUUCACACUCAAUUAUAUGAUUGUUAUUACUUCUGAACUAACGAAGUACUACAGGCCGUAUUUUACACUCAAUUAUAUGAUUGUUAUUACUUCUGAACUAACUUAGUACUACAGGGCGUAUUUCACACUCAAUUAUAUGAUUGUUAUUACUUCUGAACUAACGAAGUACUACAGGACGUAUUUCACACUCAAUUAUAUGAUUGUUAUUACUUCUGAACUAACUAAGUACUACAGGACGUAUUUCACACUCAAUUAUAUGAUUGUUAUUACUUCUGAACUAACUAAGUACAACAGGACGUAUUUCACACUCAAUUAUAUGAUUGUUAUUACUUCUGAACUAACUAAGUACUACAGGACGUAUUUCACACUCAAUUAUAUGCUUAUUAAAGUUAUAUGUAACGUAAUAUAAUUUGUUUAUAAAUAAUACAUUUGUUGAAUGCGUGAUAGAACUGACAAUAAUAUUGGAAUAAGGUCAGUAAUAUUUCGUGCUAUACAUUUAGUUCUGGUGGUUGUGUUAUUUUAAUUUAUUGUCAUUGUUUUAUUAAGAAAGUGGGUAUACACUGUAUCAGUAAUUAUUAUUCAUAAUUUGUGUUUACGUACAUAAUAAAAAAUGUUUUUAUUCUUGUA